AUGUCUUCAAUCCGAUCCCUAGAAGUUCUCCGCAGAUUCACCAGCUGUGAUAUUGGUGAUGCUCUCGUGAAGUUGAAGUAUCCCAAUGGCGGAUUCCUAGAUGGAAUCCGUCUCUUCUCUCCCGAUUCUAGCACACGUAUAUUCGGCUCAGCCAUCACGGUCAAGAUGGUCAAGUCUGAUGAUUCGUCAGCGCCGUCACUUGAGAAGCAUUUUGUGGAUCACAACGAAGAAGGGCGUAUCAUGUACAUCCAGCAGCCCAAAGGUCUGCCGUCGGCUUGCUGGGGCGGUCUCAUGUCAACGAGGGCUCAGUAUCUCGGUGCAAAGGGGGUCGUUAUCGACGGGCGCAUGCGGGAUAUCAACGAACACAAAGAGAUGAAGUUUCCUGUCUUUGCCCAGGGCCAGUCGAUUCUGGGCUCAAACACUUUCACUCGGGCAUCUCAAGUCAAUAUCCCGCUCCAGUUCAAAGACGACCUUUGGGUCAACCCCGGUGACAUUCUAGUGGGUGAUGCUGAUGGUGUCGUUGUGGUCCCUCCCUCCCUCAUUGAACGCGUCAAUGAGAUAUGUGAGGAGCGAGCUGAAGUUGACGACAAAAUGUUCAAAGCCCUUCGUAGUGGGGAGGCAAUGGGGCACUUGAUCAAAACCGUUCGAAAGAAUAAAUAG